UCCCACCCUUCAUGUUCCCUUCACCAAUGAGCCCAAUCAUACUGUUGGAUCUCUUAUAAAAACCAAAAUAUAACAUCAUCAGUUGACGUGUACAAUCCUCAUUGGGUAAUACCACGUAGUCAUUGCCACGGUGCUUCUCUAUUUUUUACUCCUCUCACCGUUAAUACUCCACAAUUCUCUUCUCACAAAAAACGACGAAACAAUGGAUCGAGCUUCAUUUUUUCCACUAUUUUUGAUUGUUCUACACCUUAUUGCCACUGCCAAUGCACUCUAUGGACCUUCAUCACCAGUUGUUCAGUUAACUGAAUCCAACUUUAAGUCUAAGGUUCUAAAUUCAAAAGGAAUUGUUUUGGUUGAGUUCUUUGCACCUUGGUGUGGUCAUUGUCAAGCUCUGACACCCACAUGGGAAAAGGCAGCUACCAUAUUGAAAGGUGUUGCCACAGUUGCAGCUCUUGAUGCUGAUGCUCACAAAUCCCUGGCACAGGAAUAUGGAAUCAGAGGAUUUCCUACCAUCAAGGUCUUUGCACCUGGAAAACCUCCUGUUGAUUACCAAGGGGCACGUGAUGCUAAGCCAAUUGCUGAAUUUGCAUUGCAGCAGAUCAAAGCAUUGCUGAAGGAGCGAGUACACGGAAAAGCAACAGGAGGAUCUUCUGAGAGUUCUGAGCCCAGUGCAUCAGUUGAGUUGAACUCACACAAUUUUGAUGAGAAUGUGCUUAAGAGCAAAGAUCUCUGGAUUGUUGAGUUUUUUGCACCUUGGUGUGGGCACUGCAAAAAGCUUGCUCCUGAGUGGAAGAAAGCUGCUAAGAACCUCCAGGGUAAGGUGAAACUGGGACACGUAGAUUGUGAUGCGGACAAGUCUUUGAUGAGCAGGUACAAUGUCCAAGGUUUCCCCACAAUUUUGGUAUUUGGGGCUGACAAGGAAAGUCCUGUCCCAUACGAAGGUGCAAGAACUGCUUCAGCCAUUGAAUCCUUUGGAUUAGAGCAGCUGGAAACAAAUGUUGCACCUCCUGAAGUGAUUGAGUUGACUAGUGCAGAUGUCAUGGAAGAGAAAUGUAAUUCUGCUGCGAUCUGCUUUGUUUCGUUCCUGCCGGAUAUAUUAGAUUCCAAGGCAGAAGGAAGGAACAAAUACCUAGAAAUGUUGUUAGCUGUUGCAGAGAAGUUCAAGAGAAAUCCUUACAGCUUUGUUUGGGUGGGUGCUGGUAAGCAACCAGAUCUUGAAAAGCACGUUGGCGUUGGUGGUUAUGGAUAUCCCGCCAUGGUAGCUUUGAAUGUUAAAAAAGGAGUAUAUGCACCUCUUAAGAGUGCAUUCCAGCGUCAGCCGAUAACAGACUUCGUGAAAGAAGCUGGACUAGGUGGAAAAGGUAAUCUUCCAUUAGCUGCUACUCCUUCCAUUGUAAAGAGUGAACCUUGGGAUGGAAAAGAUGGAGAAAUCAUCGAAGAAGACGAGUUCUCCCUUGAAGAGCUUAUGGGCGAUGACACACCUAACAAGGACGAGUUAUAAUUCUUGUACCCUCUUAUAUAGAGGAUCAUGAUAAGCUAGAUAGAAACAGUUUUGAGUAACAAGCCUUGUAUUACUGUGUUAUAUUUUAUUUAUCAUCAGAUUGACAUCCCCCCAAUUCAAAAGAUUUCCUUUGUUCCCUGGAACUUUACUUGGAUUAUUACUCUUGGGAAUAUGCAUAACGCACCUUUUUCUUCUAA